UUUAAUAUCCGUGACUGCUUAGUAGUAUCUAAGCCAAACAAACAGGCAGUAGCUACAAUUUGUCAUGACCCACCUGGUGUUGCUGACGAUGAGGUUGACCCUGAGUUGAGUAACAAAUCAUGGGACUCUCAGAUCUAGUGGCCAGCAAAGUUGGCGUGCCCGUGGAAGCGCUUCGGUUGUUACUAACACUGCUAGCCGGUUAUCCAAUUGCUGCCAUAUACCGCAAAUAUAUUGUGGAUCAACCCUCGAAGCCGUUGCAUCAUAUAUUCUUUGCAUUAUGUGGCAUAAGCCUCUGCUAUUACAAUUAUGGCGUGGACACAUAUCAUUCGCUUUUGGGCAUUGUCACCACAUUUGCUCUAGUUUACGUGCUACGCUCCAAGCCUCUCAUUAUGCUGAGCGUGAACUUUGUGUUCCACAUGGGCUACCUACUACUAGGAUACUAUUAUACUGCCAGUAACGAGUAUGAUAUAUUAUGGACAAUGCCACACUGUAUAUUGACGCUGCGCAUGAUUGGUUUUGGGUUUGACGUGAGCGAUGGACUCAAGUCAGAGGAGCAGCUUUCCAAGGAUCAAAAAGAAACUGCGCUAAAGGAGUUGCCUACACUGCUGGAACUCUUAGCAUUUGCCUACUUCCCUAGUGGCUUUUUGGUUGGACCGCAGUUUCCUUAUCGUCGCUAUAGAAGCUUUAUCAAUGGCGAAUAUCGACAGUAUGAAGGCUGCGUGAACGCGGGUCUGAAACGCUUGGGCAUGGGCGUGCUCUACUUGGCCAUAUGCCAAGUGGGCUUAAUGAUUUUGCCUGAUACAUAUUUCCUAACACCAGAAUAUGCGGACAGGCCAUUUAUACUACGCAUCUUUUAUCUGGGUUUCUGGGCCAAGUUCUCACUUUACAAAUACAUAUCGUGCUGGCUGCUGACAGAGGGCGCGCUAAUGAGCAUUGGCUUCAGCUACAAGGGACAGGAUGCGGAGGGCAAACCGGACUGGUCCGGAUGCAGCAAUGUAAAGCUUAUGUUGCUGGAAACGGGCAAUACCAUGCAGCAUUAUGUGCAGAGCUUCAAUGUGAACACAAACCAAUGGGUCGGACACUACAUAUUCAAGCGUCUCAAGUUUCUUAACAAUCGCAACAUUAGCUACGCGGCUGCACUGGGCUUUCUAGCUGUCUGGCAUGGCUUCCAUAGUGGUUACUAUAUGUCUUUCCUCAUGGAAUAUAUGAUUGUUACUGUAGAGAAACAGAUUACUAAUGCUUAUACCAAGAACGUGCUGCCGAAAUAUGGUGAAACUUUAGAAAACUCCAAGAUUUAUGCUGUGCUAUACUUCAUCUGCCUAAAGUCCUAUAAUAUCGUCUAUAUGGGCUGGUGCCUAACUGCUUUUGUUUUUCUCAAAUACGAACGCUGGAUUACUGUGUUCGGUGCUGUCAAUUACUUUGGCUUUAUCUACAUGAUUAUAUGGGUAGCUGCCUAUAACGGUUACCAUUACUUUAAGCAUAAGGUAAACGCAACGCGGCCGGUAAGGAAAGAGGAUUGAAUGCUACUAUUGAUUGCCAAAAGAAACUAACCAAAUCAUUGUACCGUUUAAAAACUAAUUUUACUCGAGAUUCGUUAAAAAAUAUAGCUUGUAAAUUUAAUUUCCAGAAAUUGAAAACAAAUUUUCAAAUCAAAUGCCUAGUCAGUAAAAAUAAUUGUUUGCUUUUAACGGCGCUCAGACUUAUAAUUUAACAGCGAGUAAAGACAAUUUUAUACCUUAAAAUAAUAUAUAUUUUGAUAUACGCUCACAAAUUCUAGAAAAGCCAUGAAAAGUGCAAAUGUAAUUAAAAGUAAAUAAAAGCAAUACUAUUCAAAAUAAUUGUAGAUACUU